AUGGCUGCUCAUGUUUGAACUGCCUCAAAUGCUCAGAGGAAGAGUCAAGACAAAAAUUCAGCAGAGGCACAGAAAAAGACGUCUCAGUGGGGGACACAUCUUGUUCAUCAAUUGGGGGAAGCAGAAAAGAUUUGGCAAUGCCUGCUGAAGUGAAAGAGGAACAGAGUUCAGAGGGGCCUCCUCCAUUAUCUUUGUCCCAGGAGGUCAAAGAGGCCACUCUGGAUAACCCAUCCACCAAUGACGAACUGGACACGCCCACCUCCAUCGCCUCUGUGAUGACCUCAACCAAUGAGAGCUCCACGGAGACCGACACCCCACAGCAGACAGACACCGAGGAAUCCAAGGCUGUGGAACAAGAGGGAGAACAGACCCCCAGCGAGAGCCAAGAAUCCUCAGAGACACAACAGGAAAACAUCCAGAUAUCAGACACACCUGAUCUCACAUCGCCUCCAGAAGAUCAAGAAAAAACUCCUACUGAGCAACCUAUUGGUGAAACAAACACUGAACCCUCUGAGUCUGCUUUACCGACCAUAACAACCACAACACCCCAACAACCCGAGGUGAUACAGCAGUCAGGGGAGCCUCAGCCAGUGAACCCAGACAGGCAGAGCAGAGUGUACACCCUCCCUGACAGCUACAGAGGAAUUGGGGGUGAGUUAUGUUCAGGGUAUGGAAGCCUGUCCCGCAUGACCCUCCACAGCUACUGGCCUGCCAAGAACUUCAAGCCCGGGGCUCACCACACCUUGCCCUUCCUCAGAGACAGCUACGCUCCUGCAGGCCUCAGCAGCCAGGCGGAGGAAGAUGGAAUGAGCGAGCGGGGAGAAAACCCACUGGACAUGAAGACUGACCAUCCAGCUGCCAGUUACCCGACACUGGGGGGUAUUCACCAGUUCAGGCCAAUUACCACCAUGGAGCUCCUCAGAGAGCCCUCUAGAACCAGAGGUGGCUAUGAUGAUGCCUUCAUGGCCCAGCUGGAGGGGAACCUGAAUCCUUUCUUCCAGGCCAUGUGCCGAGCACAGACCCUGCAGUUCCCCCACAAACGCAGUAGCAUGGUCAGCCUGGACAGCAUCCGCAGAGACCCCCGCUGGAGAGACCCCAACCUGCAUGAGGUGAUCUCGAUGCUCAGCCACCCAAUGGACCCCGUCAAGUCAAAUGCUGCCGCCUAUUUGCAGCACCUGUGUUAUGAAAAUGACCGCAUAAAGCAGGAGGUGCGCCAGCUGAAUGGGGUACCGAUGCUAGUGAAAUUACUGGACCACCCUAAAGCUGAAGUUCACCGAAAGGCUUGUGGUGCUUUGCGCAACAUAUCCUACGGAAAAGACCACAAUAACAAAAUGGCCAUCAAGAACUGUGAUGGCAUCCAAGCUUUAGUGAGGCUACUAAGGAAGUGUAUCAGCAUGGAGGUCAAAGAGUUGGUCACAGGCACUCUGUGGAACCUGUCCUCACACGAGCCGCUUAAGAUGAUAGUGAUCAACAAUGGGCUUCAGACGCUCACUGAUGAGAUCAUCAUCCCACAUUCAGGAUGGAGGAAAGAUUCAGCUGACCCCUCAAAAAUGCUGAGUGCUGAGUGGACCACAGUCUUCAAGAACACCUCUGGAUGUCUGAGGAACGUUAGCUCAGAUGGGGCGGAGGCCCGACAGAGGUUGAGGGAGUGUGAGGGGCUGGUGGACGCCCUUCUUCAUGCCCUUCAGUCAGCUGUUGUCAACAAGGAUACUGACAAUAAGUCAGUGGAGAACUGCGUUUGCAUCCUGCGAAACCUGUCCUAUCAUGUUCACAAAGAAAUACCAGGAGCGGAGCGAUUUCAGGAGCCCCAUGCCAACCAUCUGAUGAGGUCAAUGGGACACCAGAAGAAGAAAAAUGAGCCCGAGGGUUUUGGAGGGAAAAGACCCAAAGAGGAGUGGUUCAAUCAAGGUUGGAAAAAUGGAUUUAUGGACAGAAAAUAUGGUACAAUGGAUUUACCAAAACGUACAGAACAAAUGAAAGGGUUAGAGCUGCUGUACCAGCCAGAGGUGGUGAGGCUCUACCUCUCUCUUCUCACCUGCAGUCAAAACCACAACACCCUAGAGGCAGCCGCAGGAGCACUGCAGAACCUCGCUGCGGGACACUGGGCUUGGUCCAGCUACAUCCGGGCCACAGUGAGAAAAGAGAAAGGGCUGCCUAUUCUGGUGGAGCUGCUGCGCUCAGACGUGGACAAGGUGGUGCGUGCUGUGGCUAUCGCUCUUCGCAAUCUGGCGAUGGACAGACGGAAUAAAGACCUCAUAGGGAGCUACGCUUUGAGGGACCUUGUCAAUAACCUGCCAUGUGGGCAGCAGCACCCAGCCAAGAAUCUUGAGGGGGAUACGGUGGUUUCUAUACUGAACACUAUCCAUGAGAUCAUCACAGACAGCCCAGAGAACGCCCGAGCGCUCAUACAGGGUCAUGCUGUGCAGAAACUGGUGGCCAUCAACAAGUCAAGCCAAUCAGCACGAGAGAUCAAAGCAGCCUCCCAUGUGCUCCAGACAAUAUGGGCCUACAAGGAGCUGAGAAACACCCUGAGCAAGGCAGGCUGGAACAAGAGUCAUUUUAAGCCAACAACUACUGGAGUGGCCAAAAAAUCCAAGAGUGGAAAGCAAGGCAUCGAUGACAUCACCUUGCCACUCAUGGACAAAAACCAAGACGUAUAUUGCAGUUUAGAGCCAAAUGAUAGAGUUGGAGAUGGAAAAGGUCCCAUUGUUGAGAGAGAUGCCCUCCAGGCGAUAAGUGAGAGAAAACACUUCAUCAGAGCUGGCAGGCCUGCAGUGGGCCUCAUGGAUAACAAACCUCCACCACUGGACUCCUGGGUGUAAACAUGACAACACGGCCAAUCAAGCUGGUUAAAUCCUGUAGAGACACUUUCCAUUGGUGAAAUACGGAUUUGUGCCAUCUGAUCAUUCACGUACUGACAGAGAAACACAUUCAGUUAAAAAUAAUUUGUUUACAAGAAAUAUUGUGCCAAACAUUUACAUGUAUUUACUAUGGAGGCUGUUUGGGAAUCGAUUUGAUGGAUUUUGUCAUUUAAGAAGAUAUACUGUCUCUCUGAAACACAUAAUGCAUUAUGUAUGACAUCUGAAAUAGCCUAAAUAUGCAAGAAUCAUGACUCCAAAGAAUAUAUGACACAUACAGUUUGGAUUUUACAGCUCACACUUAUGAGAUCUAUUCUUCUAGUUUGUCACGCUAUCAAGGCCUAAAGUGACAAGUUGAUCUACUGUUGUUUUUCCCCAUGGAUUCUGGGGUAAAUAAGGAUUCUAAUAUAAAAAUAUCUCAAAAAUAUUUUUUGUCAGUGUUCAAGAUGAUUAGGAUUAGGGCUGUUGUCCGCCUCAUCAUCAAAACAUCCAAAUUGUUUGGAAUUCAGUUUAUUCUUGACAAAUGUGCCAUCACACUAGACAGUGUGGUCAUUAGCAAACCCUCAUUUGUUAUCAUGAUAGGCAAAAUGGGAUUGUAAAUGUGUAACAAAGGACUGUUAAUAUUUAAAUGAAGGUAUUUAUAUUGUAAUAUUUAUUGUAAUACCCAUGUUAAUGAUUAAAGGUUAUUGGUGUGUAUUAGCUAAUACUGGUAAGUGAUCAUACAUUCAAUACAACUCUGCUUUGCAGUGGUCCUUUUUGCAUUGCG